AUGAACUUCUCUCACGGCUCCUACGAGUAUCACCAGUCUGUCAUCGACAAUGUCCGCCAGUCGGUGAAGGAUCUACCCGGCCGUCCCGUCGCCAUCGCUCUCGAUACCAAAGGUCCUGAGAUCAGAACCGGCAACACUCCUGGUGAUGCCGACAUUCCUAUCAAGGCAGGCCUCGAGCUCAACCUCACGACGGAUGACAAGUACGCCACUGCCAGUGACGACAAGAACUUGUACGUUGACUACAAGAACAUCACCAAGGUGAUCGAGGCUGGCAAGCUCAUCUACGUCGACGAUGGCAUCCAAUCGUUCGAAGUGCUUCAGAUUGUUGACGACAAGAACAUCCGCAUCAAGGCUCUCAAUAACGGCAACAUCUCUUCGCGCAAGGGUGUAAACCUGCCCGGUACUGAUGUGGACCUGCCUGCGCUGUCGAAGAAGGAUAUGGCCGAUCUGGAGUUCGGCGUCAAGAACAACGUCGACAUGGUCUUCGCCUCCUUCAUCCGUCACGGCGCUGACAUCACUCAUAUUCGCGAAGUCCUUCGCAAGAGUGGCGACAAGAACGAUCACAUCCAAAUCAUUGCCAAGGUUGAGAAUCAGCAAGGUGUCAACAACUUCGACGAGAUCCUAGCAGAGACCGACGGUGUCAUGGUUGCCCGUGGUGACUUGGGUAUUGAGAUUCCUGCUCCAAAGGUCUUCAUCGCCCAGAAGAUGAUGAUCGCCAAGUGCAACUUGGCUGGCAAGCCUGUCAUCUGUGCUACCCAGAUGCUCGAGUCUAUGACCACUAAUCCUCGCCCUACCCGUGCCGAAGUGUCUGAUGUCGCCAACGCUGUGCUGGAUGGUGCGGACUGCGUCAUGUUGUCAGGCGAGACAGCGAAAGGCAAUUAUCCCAAGGAAGCCGUCACCAUGAUGCACGAGACUUGUCUGUUGGCCGAGGUUGCCAUUCCCUAUGCUAACGCAUAUGACGAGCUGAGGAACGCAGCUAAGCGUCCUAUCGAAACUAUGGAAUCAAUUGCCAUCUCGGCUGUUGGUGCAAGCAUGGAAUUGAACGCUGGUGCCAUCUUGGUGCUGACUACCAGUGGCAACUCCGCUCGUGUACUUUCCAAGUACCGACCUAUCUGCCCCAUCAUCAUGGUUACCCGCAACGAGACUGCGUCCCGCUACUCUCACCUCUACCGUGGUGUCUAUCCUUUCCACUUUCCUCAACCCAAGCCCAACUUUGCCAAUACCGACUGGCAAGAGGACGUUGACAGUCGUCUGAAGUGGGGUAUUGGCCAGGCUAUCAAGCUUGGUGUACUCAACAAGGGCGACAGCGUUGUUUGCGUUCAAGGCUGGCGUGGUGGUAUGGGUCACACUAACACCAUUCGUGUGGUUCCCGCAGAGGAGGACCUGGGCCUGGCUGAGCAAUGA